AUGACUACUCAGGUAGAAGAUGUCUUCGAAGUUAUCCCGAGUCUGGGCAAACGAGUUCAGAAGGUGCUUGACAAAGCAAGCAAGUCUGAGAAGGAUACUCUACUUGAUCUUUGCGCCUACAUCGCGUUCCUGAGAAACGAUGACGACUGCUACGAGGCGCUGAACAGGAAUAUACCUCCAUUUGACUACCUCAACAAGCCUGAUACAAAGGCUGCGCUCAAACGUCGAUAUGAUGGCGAAGUACCUCCGAAAGACAAGAGACUCCGAUACAGCGGUCCAACAAAGGAAAGAAAAGAGCGUGAUUUCGAGCGCCAGUAUAGGCUGGAAAUCGACACUUUCGAUCCUUUGAUCGCUGGCAUGGGCUGUGGCAGCUACAUAGGAGGCGUUGAUGUCGUCUCUUGCAUCUCUCCCUUGAAGCAGAAAAUGCAUCUCGAGAUCAUGUCUGGAAUGUCAAACGGGCAGGGCAGUAUUCGUCUUUCUGAGUUGACUGACGAUAUUGGUGGUGGGAUUACGUUUAUGCUCCACUCCGCUCUCAUAGACCAAACAAUCUUUUUGCCAUCUCCCGAGGAUGUUGAAGCCUUUCGAGUUGUUGUUGUGCCCUCUGCUGCAGUGGGGGCUUCUACAAUAACUAGGGAACUUCCCAAACUCAUGGUGUUUGAUGUGCCUCGAAAACACAAGCUUGACGGAUGUAAAUCAAGAGACGCAGGGCCGAAUGUGACCGCUGAACCCGUGAUUGGAAAGAUGUUCAACGACCAGUCUAUGCUGAGCGGACACGGGAAACACGUUGUCAAGGCUGACGCCGGAGACUUCAUUAGCAGCGUGAAGUAUAACGAAGAAGAACGAGCAUUA